GAGGCUGCAGGUGUAGGAGUGAACAGGUCGCGGCGAAAAGAGACAGAGAAAAGGUUAUUUACAAGGUGUAAAGAAGUGUAAAUGAAGUGGAGAGAGAGAGUGAGAGAGAGAGAGCGAGAGCGAGAGCGAGGACUUCACGUAGUGGCGGAAGGAUCAGCCGGGUGGCGUUGGCACCGGUGCCAGGGCGAGCGAGGCAGCACCAUCGGCAGCGGCGGCGGCGGCUGCGGGAGGCUAGAAGCGUGCAGUAGUGUGGUGAGGUGCGUAACGCGCGGUGGUCCAGUGCAGUGCCGUGUUCUCCUACGCCGUAGCUUGGGAUGUGCUGGUGGCGGUGCAGUGCAGUGACCCGCGACACCAGUGAUCAGUGUGACGUCACGGGGGCCAGUGAUUUUGUCAGUGCGACCGCGCAGUGAUCAGUGCUCAGUGUGUGUGGAGUGACCCAGGUGCCGUUUGCGUCGAGGCACCGGUGAUGGCGCGCCCGUGGCAUCCUGGCUAUUAUGGUUGAGAAUGUGGGCGGUCAGUGCGGGCGUGCGGCGGUCACCAGGGUUGCAAGUAGUCGCGUGGAGUUGCGUGCGUGCCGUGUGCGUGCGUGCCGCGGCGUGCACGUGGUGGGCGUGAAGCCGUGUGACGCGCCCGCGCCCUGCCCUGCGCAUUAUGGACUGUGUCUGCCCGUGGUGGUGAACCUCACUGACCCGGCCAACGCCCUCGGGACCGUCCAGCCCGACAAGGACGCCAUUCUGGACAUUGUAGAAGCCAACCGCAGAAAACAGGCCGCCGCCAGGACCAGGAAGGCCUCGGGGGACUCCCACAGCCCCCAGCAGACGUCCCCGUCGCCGCUGGGAGACUCUCCCACCCCGAUAGACACGCUGCAGCAGGCGGGGCAGCAGAAGCAGCAGCCGUCCGCUGCUGAGAGCUGGCGCAUCGCGCGCGCCGUACAGCGUUGGGCCCAAGGCUUCGGGAAGGGCGAGAGAGAGCGAGACAGCAGAGAGGAAGAGAGGAAAUACGAGGAGGGGGCGGGCACGCUGGCCGAGCUGGCUGCAGAGAAGCGGGCAGGGCGCGCGGCCCCUGGCCCCGAGCCGCCCACGGGCGCCCCACGCCAUCAUGAGGCCGUCCAACUCUUUUCGGAACUGAUGCAGACCGACGACGUGUCGACCAUAGCGGCGCAGAUCGCUAACCAGGCGGAGCUCAUCUACCAGACCUGGAAGACGACCGGCCUCAACCCCACCGAGCUCAUCCGCUACCACAGCGUCACCUCGGAGGGGAGCCUCUUCCAGGGGGGCGAGCAGAGCGCCUCCGCUGGGGACCCCCACACCCCCUCCACCCCCUCCACGCCCUCUCCCACGGCCAAGCCCCGCACCCCCGCCCGGAGCAUUAGCCCAGCGCCCCCUGGCUCCUCCCCGGCCGUGCCUCGGAAGGUGAUCGAGCCCUCGCUGCACAACGGCCGCCCGCACUCCGCGUCCCCUGUGCGAACCCUCAACACUUCCCCCCGCCCCUACAUCCCGCCCACUGUCUCACCCCAGUCCCCGGGGGCGCACCCGCACCAGCAGCCGCAGUUCCAGCAUCAACAUCAAUCACAGAUUCAGCAACAGACAUAUCAUCAGCAACAGCAACUACAUCAGCAGCAGCAGCUGCAUCAUCUGCAUCAUCAACAGCAACAGCAACAGGUUUACGCAAGUAACAACGUGUCCCCUGCGGCCCCCCAGUCCCCUCGGUUGUCCUACGCAUCCCCCGCGUCUCCGUCCCUCUCCCAGGGGAGCCCCCGCCCCUACGUGUCUCCGGCCGCCCCCCAGUCCCCCCGCGGGGCCUUAACCCAGCCGCCACCGCCCCCCGAAAGGUCGUCUUCGUACACGGGCGUAGACUCCAGUCCGCAGCCUCAGGCUCAGCAGGGGCAGGACAGCCCCUUCGACAUCCUCGCCGACCCCGAGCUGGAGGCGUCCCUCCAGGAGCUCGUGAACUCUUUCGUGAUCGAGGACAAGGCGCGCCACCACGCCGCCGCGGUCGCCGCGCUGGCGUCCCAACGGCCCAAGAGCGCGCCCUCGUCCAUCCAGGAGGCGCUGCAGAGGUUCGAACGGCAGAUGGCCAUCACCUCCCGUGCCGCCGCCCAUGCAGCUGACAACGUGUCCAACUCCUCCUCGCCCUCCGCCUCUCCGAACGCCAUGGGCACUUUAGGAAGGUUCUCGCAGCAGCAACAACAGCAGCAGCUGACCAACAGUAUGUCCACUAGCCUGAGCAGCAGCAACAUCAGCAUCAGCAGCAGUAGCAGCAGCACGAGCAGCAGCAGCAUGAGCAUCAACACAGCGAGUCGGCGGCUCGGCGGCGUCCGCAGCGACUCCGAUUGGACCCGCAUGCACAGCGACGGCGAGGGGCGCAGCCGGCGCUCGGCGUCACCCAACCCGCCGGUGUCGCAGCCGGGCUGGAACGAGGGCCCCUCCGCCAACACCUCCACGUGGCCGCUCAAGAACAAGCAGCCCAAUGUCGUGGAGAGGAAAUCUGUGCAGAGCCAGCACAUGGCCUCGCACAUGACCUCCAGUCCGGGUGCACAGUCGUCGUCGUACUCGUCGUCGUCCUCGUCCGUGUCCUCGUACUCGUCGUCCAGCGCCAACUCGAACACGACCACCAACUACAUCACAACGCUGGAGGCGCGGGUGGAGAGCUCGUCCUCGCAGAAGUUCUCGGGGGUUCCUCUGCGACACAAGGUGGUGACCAUGGCGGCCGUUGACAAGGAGGAGGAACGUCUCAUGCACGCCCUCCGCACGGGGACGCUCAUUGAUGACGGCGACCACUUGAGGCCUCUGGGGCAGGCCCGCCCCACCUCCGCCCCUGUGUCCUCCCCGCAGACGCCGCUCCACACGCCCAACAGCACCAUCAUCACCUCCGCUACCCCCAACAGCCUGCCCAACCAGACGGAGACGCAAGAAUUCCCCGCGCAGGGGCGGCGCCCUAAGUUCUCCAUCAGCGUUACCGUUGACGUCGAUAAGCCCAAAGAGAAUCAGCAGCAACGGGUACCGCAACAACAGCUACAACAAAAGCAGCAGCAGAUCCACGUUCAGAAGGUACAGAAGAUUGCAAGCUCAAGCACAAGCUCAGCUGUGGAGAAGCCUGGCUCCCCAGUGCGCAUGGCGGCUAAGAAUCCGACCGAGGGCGACAUGUCCAUCGUGGACUUCGCCAAGGUGCGCUUCCAGGAGUCACAGCAGCACCCGCACUCCACGCAGCGUCUCGAGGACUACCGCAACAUGUCCAAGCAAGUGGUGAGCAGCGACGGCCGCGUCAUGAUGGCCCGCACGCGCUUCGAGAACGGCAGCACGUCGCUCUCGGACUCCGUGUGGCGGGGCACGAUGGGCAUCCAGGCGGACGAGGUGGGCUCCACCCUGCCCGAGUUCUACCGCCGCAAGCUCCGCAAAAUGCGCAAAGCCGGGUCACCCGAGCCCUUGGUGGCCGGGAGCAUCUCGACGUUGCCGCACCCGGAGCUGACGGACCAGCAGAAGGCCCACAUCAGGGAGAGGUCCCAGAGCCCGACCACGGGCUACAACAGCGCCGGCGUGGCCAUCCGGCCCUUCCUUACGCAGGGAAGCGUGGCGGAGCGGGUCCUCAUCUUCGAGAGGGCCCCAGCCGAAAUGAAACCCAAGCCUAGCACGGGCGCGCCCGUCCCGGAGAAGAGGCGGCCCGCGGUCAACACCUGGCGAGACCCAGACGAAGUCCGCUCCUACGUGCAGUUUUGGAACAUCCUGAACUUUUUGGGGGCCUUAGACGAUUUGACGGACGGCAUCGCUUCCCCGCCCUCGCCCGCGUCCCCAGCCACCGCCCGCCAGAUCGAGGCACCGCCGCCCGCAACACAGGAGACAAAGUCGCUGGUAAGUCGAGAACUUUUUGUUGUUGCUGUUAUUGUUCCUCUUCGGGCGUGUUCCGGCUUCGUUCCAUUUAUCGGUAACGAUUUCAGUUCAUGUGGAACGAAGCUCCAGCUAUUGCUAUAGUGGUGUCGCUAUAGU